AUGGCGGAGCUCCGAGCCCGAUACUCCCCGCCAUGGGCGGACAUGACCAUAAUUGGAAUUGCAGGCGGUUCAGGAUCUGGCAAAUCAUCAGUUGCACUGGAAAUCAUCAAUUCGCUCAACUUGCCAUGGGUGGUAAUUCUCGUCAUGGACUCAUUUUAUAAAACCCUUACCCCCAAGCAAAAUGCUAUUGCGCAUGAUAAUGAAUAUGAUUUCGAUUCUCCGGACGCGAUUGAUUUUGACCUCCUCGUGGAUACUCUCCAGUCCCUCAAAAAGGGCCGAAAGGUAGAAAUACCUAUAUAUUCCUUCGAGAAACAUCAACGGGAAGAGAGGACCACGUCUUUAUACUCCCCGCAUGUUGUUAUUCUCGAAGGAAUACUAGCUUUCACGGAUUCAAGAGUAGCCGAUAUGCUGGAUAUUUUCGUGGAAGCUGAUAUGGACGUUUGCCUUGGGAGAAGAAGUAAGAAAAACUCCGCAAAUGCUCUGGUGCAAAGGAAUUCAGAGUUGACCAUUGCGGAAGACAUCAUUAUCCCCCGAGGCAUUGAAAAUAAGACCGCCAUAGAUAUGGUGGUCAAGCAUAUCCAACGAAACCUUCGAGAAAAAUCUGAAGCCCAUUAUCUUGAGCUACAGAGGCUAGGCAAACAAGUUGAAGAGCAACCCCUAUCCGCGAAUGUUAUUAUCAUGGACCAGACGCCGCAGUUGGUGGGUAUAAACACCAUUUUACAAAACCCACAUACAGAACAAGUAGAUUUUGUGUUUUACUUUGACCGACUGGCAUGCCUGAUGAUAGAACGUGCCCUAGAUACCAUCCCAUUCGUCCCCGCUACAGUGGCCACACCUGACCAACAUAUCUAUCAUGGCCUGCGACCCGCAGGCACAAUAUCUGCUGUUGCAAUCCUUCGCGGUGGCUCUUGCCUAGAAACUGGUUUGAAACGAACGAUUCCUGACUGCAUAACUGGCCGUGUUCUCAUUCAAACAAAUUACAGCACAGGGGAGCCUGAACUGCAUUAUCUUAAAUUACCCCAGGACAUCAAUGACCACGCCGCUGUCAUACUGCUUGAUCCACAAAUGUCAAGUGGUGGAGCUGCAUUGAUGGCUGUGCGAGUCCUCAUCGACCAUGGAGUAGACGAAGGCCGUAUCGUCUUUGUAACGUUCGCCGCAGGAAAACGCGGAUUGCAGAGAUUAACCGCUGUCUAUCCCGAUGUGAAGGCUGUAGUGGGCCGGAUAGAGGAUGAGGGAGAGUCAAGAUGGAUUGAGAAGCGUUACUUUGGAUGUUAG